AUGGAGAAAGCUUCCGCCGGGCAUACGCCUCCCCACACGGCACGCUCAUCCGGUGCAGGUUUGGCCGCACCGGCCGCUCGGAUGAGCCACAUAGUAACACCGACCUUUGCAGCGCACAUCGAUCAAGUCGCCGCCCAAAUACAGUUGUUGCUCGAGCUCCCGUCGCCAACCCCACCGACCCAUGUGGACCCGGACCCCAACCCGGACCUUGUUGACCAGUCCGGAGCUCGGGGAGCAUCGAUCGGAACGUCAUCCGCAGGGCAUAGUCCGGCGUCCAACCUCGAAUACACCUUCCGGGGGCUGUUUGAAGCGUUGUCCGUGUCGGCCGUCAGCAAUCAGGCCCUCCUGGACCGCCUGGACCGGACCGUGCGGAUCGAGGCGGCACUCCGAGUCGUCCUGGCCAGACUCCUACCGAACGGACCACACACUAUGCCGGCGGCCCUCCGGCGAAUAAAUGAGGAGGUCGAAAGCCUUGGAGAUGCACUGAAACAGGCCCGAGAGGAACGGGAGGCCGAAAUGGCGCUCCGGGAGAAGGCUGAACAGGAACGGGACCAGGCCAACACCGAGCGCGACCAGCUGGAAGAGUGCGUCCGUGGACUCCGGACAGAACUCCGUACCUGUAAACGUAGAGCUGUCAAUUUGAGCACCUAUCUGGAGCAAGCACUCGCCGAAAAAGAACGAAUCUCCGAUGAUCUGGGAUUCACCCAACAACGUCUGAGCGUCCAACUGGCCGCUACCAUGUCCGAAAAACGCCGGGUCUGGAAGUUACAGACAGCGGUGGUCCAUGGAGAAGGCGAAGAGGUAGUGACACGACGGAACGCCAGGACUACGCCCCCCCUCAGGCCCUGGAGGGAAGGUGCAGCCUCGCUAGCCUUUUUGAAUCCGAAGAGGGCCGAUACCGAGAUCGACAACCGACGUCAGGCACAGGAGACCGAGACUGAGGCACUAGCCGGGAAGAAUCAGGCAGCCUCCUCUGCUCUUGCUCGGGUCGGAACGCAGGAGCGUUGUAUGGCUCCCGUAGCCCCGGUGGCAGCUCCGGCCGCUAGAGUGCAAGCCGCACAGCCUCCGGAGGUCGUGGCUUUGUUGGGCAAAGUCCAGGGACUCAGGACUCGGCUUCGCGAAGCUCAGGAUGAGGCGAAAAAGUACAAAGACUUGGCGACUCGGGUAGAAAACGCCAUUCAAGCCCAGUUAUCCUCAAUGGCUGAUCAAGUACGCGAGCUGGACCGACAACAGCGGUCGCACGAGGAGGAAGUCGCAGAGGUUGAAGAAAGGUACCGGGUCGAAGUAGCAGGCCACCGAGAGGCGUCCAGGGCUCUGGCGACCGCCACGCAGCGAUUCCCGGACGUCGUCCCCGCUUUCUGGGACUGGGUCAGUGCGCACUUCCGCGUGACGAGCGGGCCGGUGUUUGACCGGCUUCUAGAGGCGUGGGUCCGGGACGACCCAGCCCUCUUCGAAGACAACUGUGAGAACCUUUCCAUAUUCGCCUUCCCGACGCGACAACCCCCGUCCACACGAGCUCGGGGCCGAAUCCUCGGGGUGUCGUAUGACAAUUGGUCCGCGGUCCUGGCCCGGGACCAAAGGUCACAUAGCCUGGCUGUCCCGACCCUUCCGACCCCGACCUCGCUAUCCGGACCGGCGUCAUACCAGGGGUCUCCCGGGCCUACCCGCACGAUGACUUUGGUCCCAACAAAAUCGGGGUCGUCCAUGACCCCCGGGACUACCGGUACAGUAUCCGCGGACGCGGCUUCGAGCCUCAGCUCAACGUCGGGGGCUUCGGAGGGAGCCUCAAGGGCGGUCCAGACCACAAGGGCCUCGGGUAUGGCCUCUCCUGGCCCCUGA